UAUAAAACAUCAUCAUGUAUGUUAUUUCAAGUUGGAAUCAAACUCUCAGAGAACAUCAUGGCGUGUUGGACUAGCUAUGUACUGUUCUGUGGAAUCUGGUGUAUUGGUGUUUGGCAAUUACAUGUAACAGCAAAAGAAUGUAUAGACAAUCAGCUGGGCUUGAAUUAUGAUGGAACCGUAAGUACAACAGACACUGGAAAAACUUGCCAAUAUUGGUCACAAACGUAUCCACAUGAUCACCACCUAACAGAAGAAUUGGGAGAUCAACUUAAUUAUUGUCGAAAUGCAGAUAAUGAACCAUUCGGACCUUGGUGUUACACAACUGACGAUGAUACCAGAUGGGAAUAUUGCACUGUUCCUCAUUGUGAUAGUUAUGAUAAAUCACCAAAACCAGAACAAAAUUGUCGAAUGGAUCAGCAGGGAAAAAAUUACACCGGAACAAUCAGCAAAACUAGACUUGGAAAUACAUGUCAACCGUGGUCAUCGUUAACUCCAUACACGCAUCGAUUCUCAGUAAAAAUGGAGGACCAUGAAAAUUACUGUCGCAAUCCAGACAAUGAGGAAUAUGGUCCAUGGUGUUAUACAACUGACCCAGAUGUAAGAUGGGAAUUUUGUGAUAUACCUUAUUGUGAAGGAGCAGACAAUCCAGGAAAGGAACAUUGGAAACGUGGAUGGCAAAGAUAUGAAGAUUCGUGUUAUUCAAUCCAGUACGUGGAAAGAAAUUGGGAUGACGCUCAGGAUUACUGUAAAUACAAUCUUAAUGCAUACUUGGCUGAAAUUCAUACAGCCGGAGAAAACAACUUCUUGAUGAGUAUUCUCCCAAAACCGACAUUAGAUGACAAUGAUAUAGAAGUUUGGCUUGGUGCAAAUGAUUUAAGGACGAAUAGACGAUUUAUAUGGAACAAAAGUGGGACCGAGUUUGAUUUUACUGACUGGGGACCAGGAGAGCCGAAUCGAGACUAUGAGGAAUGUCUUUCCACGCACCUAUAUAGAAGAGAUGGCAAACUUCAUUGGAAUGAUAGGUCGUGCUAUUGGGGAAACUACUUUGUCUGUGAGAAAAGUGUGGGACCUUCAGGGUGCGAAGAAUAGGAUACUAUAAUUUUAAAAUGUCUUUACCAGAAAUAAAGAUAUUAAAACGGA